AUGGCAUCCGAAGCAGUUCGCAGCUCUGCCACCGAGGGCCUGACCCCUGCGCAGCAGCUGAUGGAACAGCACGAGAACAACGACCACCACGUCACCGUCGAGGACGUGCCCGAUGAGGAGGACGUCGCCCACCCGGUGCCCUCGGCUGCCUCCAAGCCCGCCGCUGCCGACGCCCCGCUGAGCGACAAGGCCGCCGGCAAGCAGAAGGCUGAGGAGCCGGCCCCUGCCCCCAAGAAGCCCGCCCUCAACACCCAGUCCGAGGAGGCCUUCCCAGCCCUCGGCCCCGUCAAGCCGCGUGGGCAGGCUCCCGUCCCCACCUGGGGCAAGAAGCCCGCCGCCGUCGCCUCCAACGGCCCCAAUGGCAGCAACGGCGCCUCGGCUCCCUCCGGCCCUGCGAUCCGCGGUCCCGCAGUCGCCUCGAUGAACCUGCCCGGCAAGCACACGGAGCGCAUCUCCUUCUCGACCGCCCAGUUGACGCCGCGCCAACAGCUCAAGAAGCCCGUCGGCGAGAUCAUCCGCGACAUCAACAGGCGCUCCAAGGCCAGGCUCGAGCAGAAGACCGGUCCCCACGGCCAGAUCAUCUUCGAGUCCACCGGUCCCGUCGACGCUGUAAGGGAGUCGCUCAAGGAGAUUGCCAACGAGGUGGGAAGCAAGCAAUCCGUCGAUGUCCCCGUCCCUGCAUCCGUCCGCGCCCACAUCAUCGGUCGUCAAGGUUCCAAGAUCCAGGAAAUCAGCAAGCGCACGGGCGCCCGCAUCCAGGUCCCCAAGGCCGAGGCGGGCGAGGACGAGGACACCGUCGUCAACGUUCACAUCGAGGGCAAUGCCUUGACCGCCGAGAUGGCUCGGCGCGAGAUCGACGCUAUUGUCAACGAGCGCACCUCGACCGUCAACUUGCGCCUCAAGGACAUCCCCGCCGAGUUCUACCCCUUCCUCGCUGGGCCUCAGAACAUCCACACCCACAGGCUUACACAGGGCAAGGAUGUCGACGUCAAGAUUCCCGAGUACUACACCUGGCAGUCGCAGGCACCUCCCCAGAAUGCUCGCAACCAGCCGGGCAACUUCGUUCCUCAGGCCGACUUCCCCAUCCGUAUCUCUGGAGAGCGCGUGGCUGCCCAGCAGGUCCAGGCCGAGCUCGAGCGCCGUGUGCAGCAGCUUCGCCAGCGAUUGGCCGUCGACCAGCGCUCCAUCGAGCGUGGCCGACAUCAGUUCCUGGUCGGCGAUCGCGGUGGCUCUCUCCACGACUUCCUCGAGGAGACUGGCUGCAGUCUUGUCCUGCCUCCCAACUCGGACGACAGCGAGACCGUGUACAUUGUGGGACCACCGGACAAGAUCGAGCAGGGUGUCAACAAGCUCGAAGACCUUGCCGCCAGCAUGACCAUGGCCACCGCUGACGCCGCCCGUGAGCACCGCGGACCCAACGCACAGGCGCACGCCCACAACCUGACUCGCUACCUGCGCCAGCGCAAGGCACUCGCCGAGCUGGAGCGCCUGCACGAGGCCAGCAUCGUCGCCCCCACAGACCGCGACGGCCCGACCGGCUACGAGAUCUACGCGCGGGACGGCAAGAACAGCAUGAAGGCUCGUGGCGAUGUCAUGAGCGUCUUUGGUGCUCACCCUCCCAGCAGGUUCUCCACCGUCAACGUGGACCCCUUCUACCACUCCUUCCUGCGUCAGCGCCCAGCUCCGCAGAUUCGCCAGGACACUGGUGUACACAUCGUCUUCCCCGACGAAGAGGAGGACUCGCCCGAGCUCGUCCUUGUCUACGAGAGCCGUGACCCCUACGAGGACUACUCCAUUCCCCGCGGCAAGCCCCAGAACGAAGAGAUCAACGUCUACAAGAAGGCUCUCCAGGAGGCUUCGGAGCUGAUCCACCGUCUCACCAAGAACCAGCCUCAGAUCGCAUCUCGUGACCUUGAGGCUAGCCAGAAGUUCCACCGCAAGAUUGAGCAGUUCGUCAGCGAGGAGCAGCAAGGUCUUGCACACGACCAGGUUCCCGUCCAGGUCCUGUUUGGUGGACGACGACCCGAGGCUGCCGACCGCUCCAAGGACAGCUUCGCCAUCCGCGGACCUUCGAACGCUGUGGACGACUUGAACGCUAAGAUCUUGGCUUUCAUCGAGCAGGCCGAGAAGGACGAGCUCGAGCGUGGCCACAUCACCACCUUCGACUACCCCCAGAAGUACGCUAGCCACCUCGUUGGCAAGGGCGGCGAGAACAUCCAGAAGCUGCGCCAGAAGUUCGAUGUCGAUGUCCAGAUCGAUGACGGCAAGGUCACACUCAAGGGUCCUUCGCAAAAGGCCGAGGCUUGCAAGAAGGAGAUUCUCGGCAUGGCCAAGAAGCUCGAGGAUGAGGCUUCUCACGUCCUCAAGAUCAAGCCGCAGUACCACCGCGAGCUCAUUGGUGCCGGCGGCAAGCAGGUCGAGCGUCUGCAGACCCGCUAUGGCGUUCGUGUCAACUUCCCCAGGAGGGCGAAGAACGACGAUGACGCCGAUGCAACAUCACAGCGCAACACCAAGGGUAGCCAGAACCCUGACGAGGUCAUCGUCCGAGGACCCAAGAAGGGUGCGGAUGAGGCUCGUGACGAGAUCCUCAGUCUUCUUCAGUACAUCGUUGACAACUCCAACGUGGACACCAUCUCUGUCGCUCAGAGCCAGAUCCCUCAGCUGAUCGGCUCGGGCGGUCGCGAGAUGGAGAACCUCCGCCUCGCCACUGGUGCUCAAAUCGAUGUUCCCGGUGCUCGUGAGGGCGCUGAUCCUUCCGGCCGUGCUGAGAUCAAGAUCAAGGGUACCAAGCAGCAGGUCCAGGAGGCCAAGAAGAUCCUCCAGGAGCGCGUCAAGGUCUUCGACGACACUGUCACUGAGACCCUCGAUGUUGACCGCAAGCUUCACCGUAACCUUAUUGGUGGCCAGGGUUCGAACAUCCGCCAGAUUGUCAUAUCCGCUGGUGGACCAGACAACUCCCGCGAUCUCGCUCGCAUGGUCCGCUUCCCCAAGCAGGACACUGAUGGCGACUCCAGCACCAUCAAGAUCGAGGGUCCUAAGAGCGUGGUCGAGAAGAUCGUUGCCGCCAUCAAGGCUCAGGUUUCGUCCCUUGAGAACCAAACGACCGAGAUCCUCGAGGUCUCCCCUGACAAGCACCGCCUGUUGAUCGGUCGUGGUGGCGAGACUCGCCGCUCGCUCGAGUCGCAGUUCAGUGUCCAGCUUGACAUCCCCAAGCAGACCACGCAAGGUGCUGCGCGCAGCCAGGUCAAGAUCGCUGGCGAGCCCUCGGCCGUUGAGAAGGCCAAGGCGCACAUCCUUGAGCUUGUCAAGGGCCAGGAGGGUGAGACGGUCGAGGUCCCUCGCCACCUCCACCACAUCAUCUCCGACAACGGCCAGUUCUUCCGCCGCCUGCGCAACAACCAGAAGAUCACCGUCGACCACGGCAACCAGCAGCCUCCUCCUAAGCCCGCUCAGACUGAGGCUGGUAAGGCAAGGAAGGGCGCGAACGGCGCUCUUCCCUUGAUCACUGACGACGCCACCUCUGGCGCAGACGAGCACUCGUGGGAAAUUGUCGACAACAACGCCGUCGAGGAGGGCACCGACACCUCUGCCACCAUCCCCUGGAUCCUCCGCGGUCCAUCUGAGAACAUCCCCAAGGCGCGUCAGCAGCUUGAGGAUGCCAUCAAGGCCGCGUCCAAGCCUUCGUCCACCGGCUUUCUGAUCCUGCCCGACCCGCGCAGCUACAGGCUCGUCGUCGGCUCCGGCGGCAGCACAAUCAACAACCUCCGCAAGGAGACAGGGACCAAGAUCCAGGUGCCCCGCGACCAGGCCAAGGACGAGGCCAUUGAGAUCACCGGCACGAGGGAAGGGUGCGAGCAGGCACGCCAGCUGAUUCUGGACAUCAUCUCCAAGGGCGGCAAUGGCGGCCGCGGCCGUCGUGACGAGUAG